CGCCCACACCUGCAGCACAGCCGCGAACCGGCGCGUCACUCCCAACGGAAACGCCGUGCAGCCCGGGCGUCUGGCGAGGUGCGCGCCUCCUGGCCCCCGCUACGACGCUUCACCGCUCGGGGUCAGACGCCCGCAUCUCUCCGCCGGGUGGGGGCGGGGACACGGCGGCACCUACCGGGAUCUGCGACUCGAGCCGCCGAAGACCACAUCCUAGCUCGGACGGCGCCCCGGGGCCACAGGCACGGAGGGUCCAAGCGGAACCGGGGAGGCGGGAGGCGCCCCGCCGACUCGACAGCGCGUCCCAGUUUGGCUUUGAAUGCAGCCACUUUAUCUGCCGACUUGAACACAGUUGUCAUUCUCCCCUGAAGUGACAGAUUGAGUUCAUUGAGCGGGUUGUAUACGUCACACAAGUAUUGAUUCUGACUUUUGAAGAUGGAUGAAGGUAUAGAAAUUUCCAGUGAUGGAAAUUCCCUGAUCAAAGCGGUCCAUCAGAGCCGGCUUCGCCUUACAAGACUCUUGCUGGAAGGUGGCGCCUACAUUAAUGAGAGCAAUGACCGAGGGGAAACACCUUUAAUGAUUGCUUGUAAGACCAAACAUGUUGAUCACCAGAGUGUCAGUAAAGCCAAAAUGGUUAAAUACCUAUUAGAAAACAAUGCUGAUCCCAACAUACAGGACAAAUCUGGGAAAACUGCUUUGAUGCAUGCUUGCUUAGAAAAAGCUGGUCCUGAAGUUGUUUCUUUGCUCCUAGAGAGUGGGGCUGACCUCAGCUUGCAAGACCACUCUAGUUACUCGGCCCUUGUUUAUGCUAUAAAUUCAGAAGACAGAGAGACCCUGAAAGUCCUACUUAGUGCUUGCAAGGCAAAAGGGAAAGAGGUCAUUAUCAUAAAGACAGCAAAAUCGCCCUCUGGCAGGCACACUACCAAACAGUACUUAAAUAUGCCUCCUGUGGAUAUGGAUGAGCAUUAUUCCCCAGCCACCUGUGCCACUCCUUCAGAAAUAGACUUAAAAACAGCCUCAUUGCCACUAUCACAUUCUUCUGAAACUGAAAUGACACUUUUUGCCUUUAAAGAUCUGGAACCCGCAGGAAGCAGUGAUGAUAUGGGGGACCCAAGCUCCCCUUUGAGGAAGCCUGGUGUGGCCCCUAACGGGCCCAAGCUACCUCAGGCUCCACACUGGAUCAAGAGUCCCCCCUCAUUAAUGCACCAGAACAGAGUGGCCUCCUUACAAGAGGAGCUCCAGGAUAUUACUCCAGAGGAAGAAUUAUCCUACAAAACCAAUGGGCUGGCACUUUCCAAGCGAUUCAUCACUAGGCACCAAAGUAUUGAUAUAAAAGACACUGCACAUUUGUUAAGAGCCUUUGAUCAGGCCAGCUCAAGAAAGAUGUCAUAUGAGGAAAUAAAUUAUCAAUCAUUUUUUUCAGAAGGAAAUCAGCAAUGCAUUGACAUCCCAGUUGACCGGGACCCAGACUCUAACCAGACAGUAUUUACUUCCACCUUAAGAAGUAUAGUUCAAAAAAGAAACUCAGGAGCAAAUCACUAUAGCUCUGAUUCCCAGCUCUCAGCUGGUCUUAUCCCUGCAACUUUAGAUGAUGGCAAAACACUUAUAGGAAAGAAAAAGGUCCUCUCACCAUCUUCUUCUUUGUUGUCAGGAUCCAAAGAAUUGUUGGAGAAUAUCCCACCAGGUCCCCUGAGCAGGAGAAAUCAUGCCCUUUUAGAAAGGCGUGGUUCAGGAGCUUUCCCUUUAGAUCACAGCAUUACACAAACCAGACCAGGAUUUCUGCCACCCUUAAAUGUGAAUCCUCACCCUCCCAUCUCAGAUAUCAAUGUCACCAACAAGAUUUCCAGCCUUCUUUCUUGUGGUCAAAAAAUGCUUAUGCCAACAGUUCCUAUUUUCCCCAAAGAAUUCAAAAGUAAAAAAAUGUUGUUAAGGAGACAGUCAUUGCAAACAGAACAAAUUAAGCAAUUAGUUAAUUUUUAAGA